UUCAUAGUAGUAUAGCUAUUGAUCCAUUUACACUAAUCUAAACAGUGCUGAUAUCUUAGGAAUGUUCUGAACUGUUCUUUACGUCUCUGGCUACAGCUUGGUGGCACCACGUCAUUGCUAUAAAAGGAUUGCUCGGUUUCCCACUACCCCCCAUAACGGUUUCACUCGUUUUCCAAUACACUUGACUUUACCCCGUUUGGACUGUCAAACCACAAAGAUUUGAACAAUGGCGACUUUCAAUGAGAAGAAGACUUGCAAUCAACGCAUGGAAGAAUUCAAACGCUUUGUCUGGAAUCCUGACACAAAGGAGUUCAUGGGACGGACACCCGGAAAGUGGGCUCUCAUCAUUCUAUACUACGCAGCCUUCUAUGUUGUAAUGUGUGGAUUGUUUGCACUGGCCCUCUUUGUGCUGUUGACCACAACGGAUCCCUAUACACCAACCUAUCAAGACCAGCUGAAAUCACCAGGUGUGACAAUACGACCGGAGCCGACAGGUUUGAAGAUCUCCUUUAAUGUCUCAAAUCCAAAGUCCUGGCAGUAUUAUGUCAACGCUCUUCAGCAUUUCCUUUCAGGUAGGAAUGAAUGCACAGAACUCUGUCAGUAUUUCGAUACAGGACCAUACUGCAUUUAG